CAAACAUGGCGUCUGGCUUGGCGGAAAUACUAAGUUAACAAUUUAAGUGUGAAUUUAUCAACGUUGUGAUUCCACAAAAGAAAAAGAGCAGCAACAGUAGAUACAGAAAAUGCCAAUUGAUGCAUCAGUCAGACUUUCUUCAGAAAAUGAAAAUGGAAAUGCAGAGGAAAAAAGCGAUGUUCCCUCUCUACAAACUGCUCUUGUAAAAUUUGUUGAACCACACUCAGAAUCGGACGAAAACAAUGGCGAAGAGCCUUCGCCUCUUAGCCGCGAGGUUACCAAAGAAAUACGGAAGAGAAGGAAGACUAUAGUUAAUUCGUUUCGACUGGCAGAGCUAGUUCCAACUACGAACACUCCUCACUCAAAUUACCGGAGAAAGUCGAUUGUUGUGUUAACAACAGAAACUGUCAUAGACGCCAAAGCUGAACAACAUUUCACUGAAGGCCUAACAUUUGCUGAAUUAGAAGAUCAUAACCAAGCCAUAACAUCCUACAAUAAAGCUAUUUCUCUGAAGCCAGACAUUGUGAAAAAUUAUAUUGCAAGAGGGGAGAGUUACUUACAGAUCUGUGACUUUCAGUCAGCAAUUUUAAACUUUAAAAAAGCAUGUAUAUUGGAUCCAGAUAAUGAUUUGACUUAUUCUAGAUUAGCAUUCCUUUACUUUUUACAAGGACAAUGUUUAUUUGAUGAAAAACUUUACAGUGAAGCAUUGGAAUCAUUUUCUAGAGCAGCUGAGAUGAAACCUGAGGUGAUUGGUUAUCACACAAGGAGUGUGGCUUGCUUGGCUGCUCUUCAAAGACAUGGAGAAUGUUUAGCACUUGUUAAUAAACGACUUGAAGAAGAAACUGAGAACCCAGACCUUUUCAUCAUGAGAGCCAGACUUCAUGAACUGUUCCGUAAUUCAACUCUUUGCUACUAUGAUGUCAAAGAUGCACUUGCACUAGCUCCAGAUAACACAGAAGCUAAAACUCUUAUGGCAUCACUUGAAAAGAGGGCAAAGGACAGCAGACAACAGGCCAUACAGUUACAUUUGGUUGGUAAGGUAAAAGAGGCUCUCUCCAAAAUCUCCAUUGCUAUUGAAACUAAUCCAUCCAUGGCAGAAUUCCACGUCUUUCGUGGCAGUCUUCAUAGAAGGAUGUCUGAUUUCAAUGCUGCUAUAGAUGAUUAUCUACUAGCCAUGGAUAAAACUGAUCACGAGGAAUCAAAUGAGACAUACAAGGAGGCACAGAGACAGUUACUUCUCUGUUAUAAUGACUUUGCUGUGGAAUGCUUCAGGAAAGAAUUCUAUGAUGAAGCAGUUGUUCUACUGAACAAAGCGAUCAAAGGGGAGAAGAAAGAAAAAGGACUGUAUAUCAAUAGAGGAGAUUGUUUCUUCCGGCUGAAUGAGCUGCACUUUGCUCUUUCCGACUACCAGCAAGCAUUGGAGAUGGACAGCAGUGAUUGGUCCGUGAGAUGCCGACUGUCUAUUGUUUAUAAUGAGUUUGGUAUACUGGAGUAUUACGACAGACAUUAUUUGGAGGCUAUUGAUCAUCUUACCACGUGUAUCCGCUACAACCCCCGCAUUGGAGCUUACUACCUGUCACGCGCCAGGGCUCGGUACAUGAUCGAGGAUUUGGACGGAGCUCGGUAUGAUGUUCUUAUUUCACUAUCUUUGGAUCCAGAAAACAAAGAGGUUGUCUCCAUAUUUUCGCGCCUUUUUCCUGGGAGAUCAAUCACUGACGUCAUGAAGAGUCACAUGGGAAUAACAGCGGCGCGUCAGGCCGAGGCUUCCAUCAGAGAAACAAACAGCUAUCAAGAGCUGUCUCAGCAUGCUACAGGUGCGAAGAAUUCAGAGACAGCUGCCAGAUUUAGUGGCAAAUCAAUUCUCCCUCCAAUUCGUGGCUCGGUAUUCCCUGAAAUGCGAGUUUGUAUGGAGGAACAGGAUUUCCACAUCAAUAUUAUAAAGGGGAAGAAAAAGGCUACGAAAAUGGUACAUAAGGCUCUUAGUACUCGCCAAGAUCUGUCAUUCAGAGGUCCAAGAGUCCAGUCCACAUUGGGUAGUUUAACAAUCCCAACAGAAAGAAGUGUAGUGAAGUUCGAUGGGCUGUCUGAUAAGAGAACAAAAGAUCAGAAGGCUUUGGCUUAUCUUGCUUAAUAACUUGGUCAAAGAGAUUGAGGUGUCAUGGAGAAAAAGAAAGAAUGAUCAGGAAAAUUACAGAACUAGAAUAAUCAAGACAACUGUGGUUGAACUGUUUUAUGACUGGCAAUGGCGUUUGAGUCAGAAAUAUAGCUUUAAGCCGAUAUUUUUAUAAAAAAUAGUUUUUGUUUUUGGUCUUCUGUGGAUCAGUUCAGUAUCU